AUGAGCUCUCCCGAGCCCGAGAAGAAGGAAACGGCCGUCUUCAGGGACUCGGAUCCCGUCGACGCCGAGAACGGCACCAUCAAAUCCCACGACCCGGACGUCCUGGUCAACGCGUCCGGGCAUGCCCAGGAGCUCUCGCGCCGUUUCAGCCUGCUCUCGCUCGCCGGCGUGGGCAUCACCGUCGGCAACGCGUGGCCGGCGAUCGGCGGCACCAUCCUCGUGGCGAUAUCCAACGGCGGGCCGCCGGGCGUGCUAUACGAGUUCGUCGUCGUCUCCCUCUUCUACUUCCUGGUCGCGGCCAGCCUGGCGGAGCUGUCGUCGGCGAUCCCCAGCUCGAGCGGCGUCUACCACUGGGCGUCCGUGACCCCCGGGCCGAGGUGCGGGCGCGCCGUGGGCUUCUUCGCCGGAUGGUGGAACUACCUCGCCUGGACGAUGGGCGGCGCCAGCAUGGCCGCCAUCUUCGGCAACACCAUCGUCCAGAUGUACGCCGCCAACCACCCCUCGUUCGUGGCGCAGCCGUGGCACGUAUUUGUUGUGUAUGUCAUCUCGGCCUGGCUCGGGUGCGCCGCCGUGUGCCUGGCCAACUCGGCGAUGCCGCACCUGAACAAGAUCGGCAUCUUCACAAUCCUGGUCGGCUUCUUCGUUACCAUCGUUGUUGUGGCGGCCAUGCCCGGCCGUGGCGGCCGCCCGCCCCACGCCACCGCCGAGUUCGUCUGGACGCAGUGGACGCAGGCCCUGGGGUACUCUGACGGCUUCGUGUUUGUCGCGGGCAUGCUCAACGGGGCGUACAGCAUCGGCGCCGUGGACGUCAUCACGCACCUCGCGGAGGAGAUCCCAAACCCGCAGAGGAACGUCCCCAUAGGCAUGGCGUUGCAACUGGGUAUCGGAUUCACCACUGGGUUUUGCUACCUCGUGGCCAUCAUGUAUGCCAUCAACGAUCUGGGCGCGGUCGCCGAGUCGGCAUACCCCAUUGCAAAGAUCUACGAGCAGGCCACGGGCAGCGCAGCUGGGGCAUGCGGCAUGCUGGCCCUCAUCAUGAUCAACAUCGGGCUCUGCGUGAUCGGGCUAUUUAUCACCACGGGCCGGACCCUCUGGGCCUUAGCCAGGGACGGCGCCGCGCCGUUCCCGGACUUCCUCGGAAAGGUGGACCACAGGUUGGACAUGCCCCGGAACUCGACGAUAGCGACGGCGGUGCUCGUCACGAUCCUGGGCUGCAUCUACGUCGGCAGCACGACGGCCUUCAACGCGUUCAUCGGCUCGACGAUCCUGUUCUUCAGCAGCUCGUACAUUGCCUCCAUCCUGCCGCACCUUCUCAGGGGUAGGAAGGGGAUCACAUACGGGCCUUUCAGGAUGAAGGGUUGGGUUGGCUUCGUGGUGAACGGCCUGUCUUGUGCGUACCUGAUGGUCUGGUUUGUGAUAUACUCAUUCCCGUACUUCUUACCCGUGGACGCGAAGAGCAUGAAUUACUCGUGUCUGAUUUGGGGUGGGCUGACCACCAUUGUUGGAUUAUGGUGGGUGAUUGGUGCGAGGAAGGGUUAUGAAGGGCCGCAGACAACGGGCGGUCUGCUCGAGGCGGAGAAGGUUCAGGGUAGCUAA